UAUAAAAUCCCUGCGCCACUAAGCCAAGCAGUCAUGCAGAAGCCAUGUCCUUCAUGAACUGCAUCAUAUCCUGCUGCAUCUGCUGGUUGAACGCUUCAUAUUCCGUCGACAUUACCACCUGUAUCUACUCGAAAUUUGCUGGGCAUCGGUGUCACACUUUGUGCACAGUGUACAUGGACAUCACCAACUUCAAGCAAAGACAAAAUAUUUAUAUACUGAUGAGCCUUCUUGCCUGGCUUCGCAUGUCCCGUAUUUACUCGGUCAUUGGUCCACUUUUACUCGGUCUUCACUUUCUUUUUAAGAAUUGUGCUCAGCAGAAAGGAACUUCCCGAAUAUUACCCACUGUGGCUACGAUGGGUUCGACCUUCCUAGGCUGCCCACGGUCCAAACACCUGAUUUCCGAUGUCGGUUUCUAUCGGCACUUUACCCUGUUUUCUUAUAUUUUUAAUUUGGACGGAAUUUCAAAUUUGGACAACUGCAAUUUUUACGACGGAUUUUGGAACAUCUGGACCAUUCCAACCAUGAGUGCAUCCUUAAGCAUCGCCUAGGUCACCCCAACCCCCAACACGAAUCUCUACUCAGACGAAUUCAUUUCGCUAGCACAUUGUACUUCAAAAAUUUCUUUUAAAUUGUAACAUUUAUAAGGCCUACCAAUGGACAUU